AUGGUGGAAGACGAUAUGAGGAAGGUGGCAGACGGUUGGCCGGAGAGCACGGCAAAUAGAGAGCCGCAGAGCGCACUGAAGUGCCGAGAGAGCAAAUUGCAAAGAGAGGCGGCCCUCCGAAGACUACGGACCAGGCGCGGCCAUUCACACGCUCAUAUUCUUGACAGCUUUGCUCGUGUGCUGGACGUGUUCAACACGAGUUAA